AUGGCAUAUCGUAAUUUGCAAAAUGUAAAAUUAACAAAUGCAUCUUCAGCUAAAUAUGGUUCUCCUGAGAAAUGUACCUAUAGUUGCAUACAUGAAAAUAAGGAAAAAUCAAAUAACGAAGAAUCUUUUAAACAAUGGUUACAUAAAUUUAAUACAAGGAAAUUAACACAAAGGAAUGAAGAAAAAAAUAAUAAAUGUCAAAGCAAUGAAAUCACUGAUAAAGGUAUUCCUAAGGAAAAUAGUAGCACUGAUGAAAAUCCUUCUAAAAAUAAUGAUUAUGAAUGUUUAGUUGCUUGUAGUCCAUGUUUUUCUAUUUAUGCAAAGAUUGAUUGUAUUAAAGAAUGCCUUAUAAGGGAAAAUGACAAUGAAGCAAGUAUAGACCAAAAAAGAGAUUCUCAGUCAAAUGAUGAUCAAGAAAAUGCUUCUCAGUCAAAUGAUGAUCAAGAAAAUGCUUCUCAGUCAAAUGAUGAUCAAGAAAAUGAUUCUCAGUCAAAUGAUAACGAAGAAAAUUCUCCUAAGUUAAGUUUGAGAGAACGUUUUUCUAAAAAACCUUAUGAAGUGAUAUAUUUUGUUACUUUGCCAUUUUAA